UAUCAUUCUUCUUCCAUCAGCUCUCCUACCCCAUCAGCCCAUGUGAAAAAUGGAAAAAAUUGUUGUCUUUAGAUUCUGUCUGAAUAAUUAGCAGCGGAAAAAAUUUCGCCGGAAUCCGGCAAUGUCUUCGCCAGCCCCGGAAACCUCUCCCCCUGUUCCCACUUCGCCUUCCACUGUUCCCACCUCGCCUCCAGCUACGAACUCCACGUCACCUCCGCCGCCACCAUCGCAGACUAACUCGACUGCUUCGUCUCCGCCACCGGAGACCAACUCCACUGUUUCAACGCCUCCGGUGACUAACUCAACCUCUUUUCAGCCUCCACCAUCGUCGGAUUCUACGAAUGGCUCGACGACGUCUUUUUCACCGCCGUCUUUUUCACCGCCGUCUAAGGGGCUACCUCCUGGUGCUCUGGCGGGGCUAAUUGUGGGAAUAGCUUUGGGAGCAAUAAUUGUACUGAUUGCUAUGGGCAUUUUCUUCAUUUGUUACCGGAGAAAGAAGAGAAAGGAGGCACUGAGUUCUAAAGAUGACCAUAACAGACGCCCGCCACAGCAUUGGCAACAGAAUCACCCUCCACCUACAGACAAUAAAGUGACGUCGCUGCCUAACCCUGCCCCUCCCCCAGGAAUCUCUUUAAAGCCCUGUCAGUCACCAGUGCUUUGUCCUGCUUCCCAUGAACCUCCUUCGACAAGUAGCAGUUUGGGCUUUGAGAAGACAUCUCCUGGAAUUCUUGGACUUUCACAGGGUACCUUUUCUUAUGAAGAACUUGCAAUAGCAACUAACAGUUUCUCCGAUGCAAACCUUGUUGGUCAGGGUGGUUUUGGUUAUGUCCACAAGGGAGUCCUUAGUGAUGGUAAAGUGGUUGCAAUUAAGCAGCUUAAAGCAGGGAGUAGACAGGGGGAACGUGAAUUUCAGGCAGAAAUUGAGAUCAUUAGUCGUGUCCAUCACAGACAUCUUGUUUCAUUGGUUGGAUACUGCAUUACUGGAGUCCAGAGGAUGCUUGUAUAUGAAUAUAUUCCAAACAACACCUUGGAAUUCCAUCUACAUGGAAAGGAGAGACCAGCUAUGAACUGGUCAACUAGAAUGAAAAUUGCUGUAGGCUCAGCAAAAGGAUUGGCUUACUUGCAUGAAGAUUGUCAGCCCAAGAUCAUACACCGUGAUAUCAAGUCAGCCAAUAUUCUUCUUGAUGAUAUCUUUGAAGCAAAGGUUGCUGAUUUUGGACUUGCCAAGCAUUCUUUGGAUACUGAUACUCAUGUCUCCACCCGAGUGAUGGGAACUUUUGGUUAUAUGGCUCCAGAGUAUGCCUCUUCUGGUAAGCUUACCGAGAAAUCAGAUGUCUUUUCCUUUGGCGUUGUGCUUCUUGAGUUGAUUACGGGGCGCCGACCUGUUGAUAGGACUCAAUCCUUCCUUGAUGAUAGCAUAGUUGAUUGGGCAAGGCCUUUGCUCAAACAAGCUUUGGAAGAAGGCACCUAUGAUGCUCUUGUUGAUCCAAAGUUACAGGGGGAAUAUGAUUCCAGUGAAAUGAGUCGAAUGAUUUCAUGUGCUGCAGCUUGUAUACGUCAUUCAGCACGGCUUCGGCCACAAAUGAGCCAGAUAGUUCGAGCUUUGGAAGGAAAUAUGCCCCUAGAUGAUUUAAGUGAUGGAAUCACACCUGGGCACAGCAUGAUAUAUGGUUCUUAUGGAAGGUCAGACUAUAGUUCUAGCCAAUACAAGGAAGACUUGAAGAAGUUCAGGAAGAUGGCGCUAGAAAGCCAAGAACAUGGUAGUAGUGAGUACAGUGGAGUCACCAGUGAGUAUGGUGUACAGCCUUCCAGCAGUAGCACUGAGGGCCAACAAACUACAAAAGAGAUGGAAUCACAGAGAAAGGAGACAACCACCAAAGAUUCCCAUGAAAUUUUGUGACAGUUUAUUAUAUUGUUCUCAGUUCAUGAUUUCAUGUUGGUGUGCCUGCGGAAAAAUCAAUAUUGGAGUCGCUCUCUGGUGGCAGGUCAUGAAAGUGUCUUGAAAAAUCAGCUUGGUAAAUGAGAUCUACAAAAUAUUAAUCUGAAAAUGAUUGGUUGAACCUAUAAAAUCUAUUAUUUCCACUUGAUCCAUUACUGGGAGAUGAUGGUAGACUUGAUUGUACUGAAUGUAGUGAAAUGGAGUUGAGAUGGGGUGCAUGAGAUGGGGUCUAUUUUGUAUUUAGGCAAUUUUUCUAGAUUAGACAACCGUGUCCUAAUUAUCUUGUUUUGUGCCUUUAUUUAUGUGUUCUUUGAGAGUUGGAUUAGAUAACGUGGAGAAGAUAAAUUGAACCAGAUUUCCAUCAUCCACUUUGGUGUCCUUUCAUGAGUCCAUUAAUAUUGUUGGAACAGUAAACUUCCAGGUAUGGACGUCUAAGGCCAACUUCAAUUGAAGUUGGUAAUUUCCUUGUGGGUUUAAA